AUGAGGAACAAUUCUAACCAAAGAGAGCUCAAUAUACAAAAGCUAGGUACAAAUAAUCAAAUGGAAUUGUUUUUAGGAAUGCCUUGGAUCUUUGCCCUAAAUUUGCAGAAGCCUACAUUUUAAGAAGUUCAGUUUUGUAAAUAUAAAUUUAGGUGAAUUAUAUGAAAAAAUGAAAUUAUAUGAUAAAGCACUGGAAGAUGUAAAUUAGAGCUUAUCCAUAAACAAUAAUAAUGCUUAUAGUUAUUAUUGGAUCAUGAACUCUAAUAGUACAAUCAAGCUAGAGAAAAAGAUGGGAACUGUUAUUCUGCAUAUAUGUAUAGACGUAAUGGGAAUUUAUAUUUUAAGGUUUGUAUUAUUAGGAUGAACAAAUGAUUGAUUUUGCACUUAGAGAUUUUAAUUAAGCUAUUGAAAUGAAUCCUAAAUAUAGUUUGGCCUAUUAUAACCGAGGUGAAUGCUAUUACACUAAAUAUCUUAGGGAAUUUAUAUUACAAUAUUGAUGACAAAGAGAAUGCAUUAAAUGACUAUAAUCAAUGA